UUCAGAUCCAGUGGACCCCAAAAACAGCCAUUGGAAACUUCGUCAUCGUUGGCGCCCGAGGCUGAUGUUGGAAUUGUAUUUUAAAUGGUACACUGACAGUCUGAAACCCAAAGAAAUAACAAGAAUAUAUUUAAUAUUGCUGUAAUUGUAUUUGAUUCAUGAAGACAUGUGAGAAGAAUUAACGAACUCACCAAGAUUAUGGGACACAGUUACCUUUUUUCAUCACUUUCCGCCUGUCGUCCAUUGUCAUUGAUAUACAUUUCCGCCAUGAGCUGUUGAAACGUAUGUGUAGAAGUAAAGACACAUACAAGAUGGAGAUGGAUGGCGAUUCUGUUGACACAGAUACUGUGCAGCUGAUGGAAACUUCUAUGUCAGAAGGAUCGCAGAAUAUCCCAGAUACAGAUUCUGUAAGAGACAUUCCUACAAAUGAAAAUCACACAAAUAAAGUAUGUGAACGCAACCAUUAUCAGUGUGGAUCAUUCCAAUGUUUUGAAUGUCGAGCUAUAUUUAAAACAUUCUUUGACCUGUUCACACACAUAGUUGGAUAUCAUCAGGCUACAAGAUCUGACUUGCUUAACUACUGUAAUAAUUGUGGCACUGGUUUCAGGGAAGGAAAGAAUUAUGAAACCCACAUCACCAGAAGGAGAUAUAUUUUACCAGAAAUGCCUUUUGAAUGCGACAAUUGUGGUAUGGGGUUUACAACCAAAGUCCUAAUAGACUUUCACAUGGAAGGACAUAGAAAUCCUAAUCUUAUCCAAUGUGGAUCAUGUGAUAAGACUUUUUCAGUUAAUCCAGCAGAAUUUGUUAAACACUAUAGGCAUCAUUUACCGAACAUUAACCAAGACAAUGACAAAGAAAAACCAAAACUUAUCACCAAGGUACCUGUGUUUACUUGUAGUCUUUGUAAUGAGGUAUUCCUAACACCAUCAGAAUUAUAUAUUCACCUUAAAACACAUUCUGGAUUUGAAACAAGGAUUUGCCUAAAUUGUGGGCUAGGAUUCGAUAACCAUCCCUUGUAUAAUAAACACAAACGUAAACAUAAAAGCAAUCCUAAUGAACUAAGUCAUAGUUGUACCAUUUGCAAAGAACAGUUUCAAAAUUCAACAUUGUUAGAAGUCCAUUUGCAGGUGCACAAUGGAAGAUAUUUAUACAACUGUCACAUGUGUUCAAAGGACUUUAAGUCUGGAGUUGGCUUAUAUUAUCAUUUGAAUGAUCCAAUAGAAAGAUGCGAAAUGUUAACAGAUCAUAAAAUAAGUCCAUUAAAAACAUUAUUUAAAAACAAAGUCUCUAAUGAUAGCAAUGAUGGGAAAUGUUCAGGAUCAGUAUUGUCAUGUCUAGACUUUGGAGUGAACAAGGAAACAACGAAAGAGGGAAUAAGUAUUAACCAUAAACUCUAUAAAUACAAAAGUGAAAUAUAUAGAUGUUUCAGUUGUCAAGAAUCUUUUGGAAAGUUUGAAAAAUUAUAUCUUCAUCUUAAAGAACACGGUUUUGGUAAAGUGGAUAUCUGUAGUAUGUGUGGACUUGGAGUAAGUGGAACAGCAAGGUUUUAUAAGCAUAAAUUGAGUCAUCAAACUGAGAAGUUAGAAUUUUUGUAUCAUUGUAACGUAUGCAACAGUAAAUUUUUGUGUUUAGACAUGCUGGACAAACACAUUGGUAUUACACAUAAAGAAAAGGGUUUAUUAAGAUGUGACCAAUGUAAUGACAAUUUUUCUUCCAAGGACUUCAAGAAACAUUUGUAUACAGUAGCGCACAAAAAAAAUAAUAACAAACGUCGCCGUAAUGCUCAUGAUUUUGGCGAUAAAGUUAGUACACCAUCUGGGUAUACACCACUUGAGUGUAAACUUUGUGACCAUAAAUGUAGAGGACAAAUGAUAUUAAAUAUGCAUAUGACUGAUAAGCAUUUCUUAGUAUGCCAACUUUGUAAGAAGAAAUUUGAUACACAUUCUGAGAUCAAGACACACCACAAAGUAGAUCAUGCAGAAGAUUUUCCAUUCAAAUGUGGUGUGUGUGACAAUGUUUUCUGUGACUAUAAAUCCAUGAUUCAUCAUAUUAACAUUCACAGCAAACUUGCAGACGACACUGUUGUACAUGUCUGUACCCUUUGUAGCAGGAUGUUCACAGACAAACAACAAUUCGAAUUACAUCAAUCAGAUCAUGGCUUUAAGUAUUGUACAAACUGUAGACAAAGAUUAGACUCAGGUAUUGUUUUAAAAGAGCAUUUGAAGACAUGUCCUGGAGCAGCGAGACAGAGAUACAAAACACUAACUCAAAAAAACAAAGGUGAUAUUAUGGAUGAAAAUAUGAUUAUUGUAGAAGGAUUUUUUGAAAAAGAAGAAAAGUUAGAUAAUGAAAGGAACAAAACUAAGGUAAUUGACAAAGAUAUGAACUGUGAUGAAUCUCAGGAAAAUGAAAGUGAUGAGGAAGCACCCAGAGGAAGGCAGUAUAUUUUCAAAAGGCCUUUGAAAAAGAAAGAAUCUGGAAGUGCAGAUGAUAGGAAUUUAUUUGCCAUGUUUACAUCAGGAUCUUCUGAGAUUGAUACAGAAAAUGGUGAAAAGGAGGAAUGCAAAUCAAAUCGCAGUGAAUCAGAAAUAAACAAUAGUGAAAAACAUAAACUUCAAGUAGCAUCAGAGAAAUCUGAUUCACUAGUGUCUAAAUCUGUUGAUAAAAGGAAAACAAGAAGCAAUUUCGUUACAAAAGAUGAAAAAUCUUCUGCAAGCGACAUGAGUGAUAUGGAUAUUAUCAGUAAUCACGAAGAAAACACUGAAAUUCAUAAAGAGAGCAUCAAAGAAAAUGAUGAACUAAAGAAAACAAAUAAUGAAAUUGUAGCUUCUGGCAGUGAGAUUUUGUCUCCGGUGGAUACGAAUAAUAAAAGGCAAACAGCAUCAUGUAGUCGUGUAAUUCUGCCUGUUAUAAAAGAUGGGAAAAUAGAAUCAUUUCUCAGAUUUGACCCAAUGAAAAAAAGUCAUGACAUUUCCGAUAAGUUAUCUUUUUCCAAUGUUCCUAUCUCAGUUAAAGUGGACCAACCUAGAUUGCCAGCAGCUCUUGGUCAUGGCACACACACACAUUUAAUAGGACAAAAAUUAUCUACACAAAUACAAACUCCUUGUAAAACUUUGGACGCACAGACUUUAAUCCAAAGUGCAGGAGUCUUUAAUAAGAGUAGUUUGUCAAGUUUAACAGCUAACAGUAAAUUGUCAGAGUUGAAGAGUCCAAUUUUACUCCCGAUAAUGAAUCAAGGAAACAUUCAGUCUGUCCUCAGUUACUGUCCAUUUAAGACUGGAAUCAUUGAUAUGGAGACUGAAGCAACAACAUCUUCAUUAUCAACUAACUGCACUGAACAAUCAAAAAUGUCAACAAAUCCUAUUACAUCUACAAGUUCAACUAUCUUUACAAACCAAACAACAGCAGCAUCUCGGUCUGCAUUUGUAAUAACUGACCAGUUGACAAAGCCAAUAAAGUCUGUUUUCUCAGCAACUGAAGUGGUUGGUACUAACCAACAAUCAGAGUCUGCUGAAUCUGCAGAUAGAAUAACAGGAUUCAUAAAGACAAAAGGAGGGGAUAAAUCUGAAAAAUCAUCCAAUCAAAAUAAAGAUCAAGAUGGGUUUCAAUGUAACGAUGAAAUGAAAGAAUUAAAUAGAAAUCCUGCAAUUGAGUCUGACAAAAAUAUUUUAGAAACAAACACCACAUCAGAAAAUACAAGUGAAAGCAGCUUUCUCUCUAAAUUAUCUGAAAAGUCAGACACUGAAAGCAUUGAGCUUGAUUUAGAUAAUGAUUUGGAAUCAUCUGAUGGAAAACAACAAUGUAGAAGUCUACGAACUCGUAAACAAAAUAAAAAAUAUACAACCGGUUUUGUCACUGGAGAAAAAAAGAAGAUUAUAUAUAACACUGUAAAAUUUAAUUGGAAUUCAAACCUUGAUAGUCUGAGAAAGAAAGAAAUACACAGAAGCAAUCUGGAAGAUUCGGUAGAGAAUUGCAGUAGCACAUAUACUGAAUCAAUUGUUGAAAAAGAAUCAGAAUCCAUCAAUCCAGAUACAACCAGUAAUGGUAAUCACGCUGACAAUGAAUUAGAUAUAACCAUGAUUACUCAAUCUGAUGUAGACACAACACAUUCUGGUACAAUCAAGAAAAAUAAACAGGCUUGUUCAUUGUCAUAUACUAAAACCAAAUACAAGAAGAAAAAUGGGAAACCUCAUAGUAAAAAGGAAAGACGUUUAUUACGUCAUAAAGGCGAAUUUACAAUUGCUCGCAUGAAUAAACCGAAACUUGAUUCUGCAAAUGCAACUAAAAAGGACUUAGAAACUGACCAACCAUUGUUUGUUUGUGGUCAUUGUAAUAUUGGCUUUGAGAAUUACCGCUAUCUUAUAGUCCACUUACCUUGUAAACAUUCUGGCCAAGAAGUCUUUGUUUGUUUUCAGUGUGGCUAUGGCUACAUAUAUAAUACACAAACUUCCAAAGAAGAAAUAAACCGUCACAAGGAAGCACACAAAAUGGAAGACCAGGAAGUGUUGCCUUUCAUUUGUACAGCAUACAAAUGUAGUCCUAAUGCAUUCAAAAGUAAGAAGUUGAAGGAAAUACAUAAACAGAUAAGCCAUGACAAGAAAAGCAAGGGAUACUUGAAUUGUGAUAUAUGUCAUAAAUGCAAAAUUAAAAGUUCAAUCCCAAAAUUCAUUAAGCAUUAUAAAAGAUGCCUCAAAAUGAAAUUUAUUGACAGUCAAAACAUAAAGGACAAAAGUGAGGUUAACAAGAAAGAGCUUUAUAGUGAAGAAAAGUCAGUUGAUGACAUUCUUGCCAAGCAGGGAAAUGACCUUGACAAACAGCCAGUAAAGGAGGGACAUUUUCUAGAAGAAUUGUUAGCUAAUAAUGAAGGCACACAGUUACCAGAUUUUGAUGAACAAUCCAUUGAUAGUGUAGGUGUAAAACAGGGGGUUAACCUUCAAGAAGAGCAGUCCUCAAUUAUAAAUAGACGGAAAAGCUCAAGAAAUAAGAAAUUAAAUGCAAAAUUUGUAGAAAGACCGUCUAUUCAGUCAGAGAAAUCUAAGAACAACAUCGAUAAGAAUGUUAGACUAUCAAAGGGUAGCUGUCGUAGUAGCAAGCCAAAAAAUGGUGAAAAUACAGAUGCCUUGAAACCAGAUUUCAAAGAGAUUUUUAGUACUGCUGAUUUUUACUCAUUUGGAAUGGCUGUUGAUGAAUCUGAUGUAGGUGAUAAAGAUGGUAUCUAUUGCUGUGACCUUUGUUCUGCAAGGUUUAACAAUUAUAGUGAUCUGUAUUUUCAUUUGCAUGAGCACAAAUUAUCAGAUGUAAAAUAUGUAUUGCCAGUUAUCUGUCUUGGUUGUGGUAGAGGAACACAGCUGUCGAAAUAUUAUAAAGGCAGAUUAAGUUCACCAUGGUACGAAUCUCACAAGAAGCAUGAACAUCUGCAGUUAUUAUACACAUGUCAGAUCUGUAAUGAAAAAUUUAAUCGCCAAGAAUUUUUAGAUUUGCAUAUGAGGACGCACUUUGGUCAGGAACUUCUUGUAUGUACCUGUGGGAAAGAUUUUCCUAAUGGAGGCAGUUUUGUCAUACACAUUAAAAGUAAAAUAUGUGUAAUACCAAAUAACACAGGAGUGAACUUGUCUGAUACUAUGGCAAAAGAGACAAAUGAGAAAGAAAAUGAUUCCUCAAACACUCAACCCUUCACACUUUCUACUGAACUACCUUUACUAAAUGCAAGAGAAAGUAGUGAUGCGUAUAUCGAUGAAAAGAAGAACAAAGCAAAAGAUGAAUCAUUAGCUUCCGAUAAAGAAGCAAUAGAUGUCAGUCAUGUAAAUGAUGAAAAUAAACGUCAGAUCAGCAAAAAACAUAAACAAUUAUCUAAAGAGGAAAGGAAAAAAUGUUUGGUAUUGAAAAGGGAAAUGCAGAAGAAACGAUUUAAGCUACUACAAAAAAGAUUUGUAGAUGCCCGCAAAAAACAUAAAAAAGCAAUUAAAGAAUCAACCGGUGUCCAUUGUAAAGUUUGUAACCAUUUCUUCAAAUUUGAUCAGAGUUCUUAUUGGGCUGGUUAUAUGUGUGAACACAGCAGAUCAUUUACAUAUACAAAUGCUGCAGUGUGUCAGCAAUGUGGCAAAAUUUUCAAACAGAAACAUUGUCUAAAAGUGCAUAUUAAGCGAAUGCAUUCAGAAAGAUUACGUAAAUGUUAUAUCUGUAAUACACCAUUUUCCAUUGAAAGAGCAUUGCAUCAACACCUGUUGAAAAUACAUAACAUCCGUCACACAAAUGAUAUGACAAAUACAUCUUUAAUGGAUGAUCAUAAUUACUCAAAAGUAGAGAAAAAUGUUCAAAAAGCUCCGCAGAACAUAAAAUAUAUUGAUGUGACAUCUACUGAUAUUGUUGAAGGUUCAAAGGCAGAGGAUUAUAUUAUGAAAAUGGGAGACAAAAGAUGUGCAUGCAAACUGUGUGGCAAGGUUAUAAAUCGGUUAAAGGAUUGUAGAAAACAUGUCAAUAGACAUCUUACUGAAAAAAAUAUUACAUGUCCCAUAUGUUUUAGAACCUUUGCAUUUCAAAAAGAUUUAGACUUUCAUAAAAAGGAUACACACGAUUCUGCAAAGAGGACAUGCGAGUUUUGUGGUAAGGUAUUAACAAGGCGGGGAUAUCAAAUGCACAUUGAAAGAUUACAUAAAGAUGUGUACGUACGUGAAAAAAAGAUAAAAUGUGCAAUAUGUCAGAUGUCUUUUGCAUACUUUAAAGACAUGGUGCACCACAGGAAAGUUUAUCAUGGGAACAAAUAUAAAUGUAAUAUCUGUGGUCAGACAUUCUCAGAGUCAAGAAGUCACAGAAGACACAAAGAGAAGAAACAUGGAAUAAUUGUUCCACUAGAUACAAGGUAUAUUGCAAGAAAAAGUAAAAAUUCUGAAUUGUCACACACAAAUAUAGAGGAAAUAAAUAGAUCAAAGAUUAUAGAUUCAAAACAUAUGAGAGGGAAUCGGUCAAAAAAACAAAUUAAGGAAACUUUGGAUGCUGUCAGCUUUUUACAAAGUUUAAUGAAUUCUUCACCAGUGAAAGAACCUAUAAUUGAACCAUCUGCAAAAAAAGCAUCUUUAUCUUGCAAAGAUACAAUAACACAGUUGUCUAGGAGAAUUCAGUCAAAAAGUGCAGGACAAGGUCAAAUAUCGGCAGUUCAAAUGAUGAAAAAUGUCCAUUCUCAAAACAAAUCCUUAGAACAUAAUCAAACAUUAUCAUAUGUCAACCCACCACAGUCUUCUCAUUCUAACAUCAACUCGGUCAAAACCUGUACAGUUACAAGUGAUAUGAAUACAAAUAUUCCACCUACAAAAUCAAAGCAUGUUCAAAGAUAUGAUCAUGAAACAGAUGAAGUACGUUUAUCAAGUCGUAGAGACGGUGGUGCUAUCCUACAAGAGUUAAAUGGAGAUGAAGACAGAAUGACUGUUACUGGAGAGAAUACAAUCAUUACAAACAGCUCCGUCAAAGCCAAUGAAGUAACUUCAGAUGAAUUUUUUAUCUGUGAUUUAUGUGGGGCUAUAUUGCCUGAUAAAACCAAUCUGAAUGCACAUCAUAAAAGAAUCCAUCAAAAAGACACGAGGCAGUAUCGUUGUAAUUUCUGUGGUGUCAUCGUAGAGAACAUAGACAAAGCAUAUAAUCAUAAAAGAAAAUUUCACAAGACAAUAAAAUAUGUUUCAUUUUGCUUUACACCAGUUAUAGAUUCAACAAAACAGGCAAUUAAAUCUGAAACUGACGUAAUGCCAGACAUACAUCAUUCCAUGGAGGUGAAUAAUACCAGGAAAAGAAAGCAAACACCUACUGUAGAUGGCGCAAGUAAAUUUAUCAAAAUGGCAAACCCAUUGGUUAUGGAGGUUGAGCAGGAUGGUGAUCAAGAAAAUCUAUUGGGUAUAGAUAACCAGAUGGAUGAUCAUCAUGAAAACCCAUUGAUUAUGGAGGUUGAGCAGGAUGGUCAUCAUGAAAAGCCAUUGGACCAGGAGGAUGAGCAGUAUGAUCAUCAAGAACAUAAUGAUAUUGAGGACGAUGAACCCGAAUUUGAUGAUGAUGAUAAUUAUGAAGAAAAUGAAAUAGAUAAUGAUAUUAUAAACGAUUCAAAAGAGAAUACUGUUGAUAAGGUAACUGCUUUAAGCACCAUGGAAAUAUCUGAUUGGGUACAAUCACUCAAGGAUGGUCAGCUGACUAAUACUGUACCCAAUGUUUUGAUUGAAGAGAUAAUUGUUCAUGAUCAUGAUUAUACUGAGAGAAAAAUAAAGGAUGAAAUGCAGGAAAAUCAGUUCAUAUAUACUGCAACAAGAUUAGAUCAUCUUGAGGAUAUAGAAGGGAAAAGUCUUCAGAAAACUGUAAAAAAGGAAAGUAGCAUCUCUGAUACUGAGAAAAGUGUGCCCAAUUUUAAAUACGAUAUAAAAUUCCAUAUGAUGGACAGUGAAACUCCAUACAAAGAAAGUAAAUCCCAAAAUGACAAUGAAGACAAAAUUCAAAAUAACAGACUGAACCUAGAUAAAAGUAACAGAAUAGAUACAGUUCAAAGUAAUAGAAUAGAUCCUGUUGAUAUCAAAAGAGAAGUUGAUGAAAUAAAUGUUGGUCAAACUCCUAGUAAAAUAGAUAAAUGUAUCAGAAAGAAGAUAGUAUCCAAGCCAGUGAUUAUACUAGACAAGAAAAAUUCAAUUGUAACAGAUGGAGUGAUAGAAGGGAUUUCUAGGAACAAUGAAAAUCAACAAGAGGAAUGUUACUUUAAGUUUGGGAAAAAUAAACUCAUAACACAAACAGUGAUUGACACAGAAAAUAAUGAAAACAAAAACAUUAACCGUGUUGUAAAUGUUCCAGAGAAACUAACUAAGCCAUAUGCAGCCAAUAUCAGAAUUCCUGAUUAUUAUGGACCAAUAUAUAAUACUGUUGUAAACUUACCUGAGGGUAUUGAUGAUGUUAAUUUACGUGUUGUCAAUAUGGACAAAGAUGAUCAAGAUGUUUAUCUUUUCUUUACAGUCUCAGGAGAAAAAUAGGUGCUAUAUUGUAUAGGAAUUCUUUCCAGCAAGGGAGACAAUUUGAAUCAAAGGGGAGAUAAUUUAAAAGCAGUCAGCAUUUUCAUACUUGUCUUUGUUUGUAAGAUAGUCAUAAUGACAGCUUAUUUAAAAGUAAUAACAUGCUUUGUGGUAGUGGAAUUCUAAAAUUUGUAAAUUUAUGGCCUUUAUUUUAAUGAUUGUACAUGCUCAAGUCAUUUAUGAGUACAUUUUAUAUAAUCCAUAUGUUCUUUUAUACAAAUCAAUGGGAGGAAAAGCUGACUAAGUUAUUAAGUUAUUAUG